AUGUCAUCAACUUCAACAACUACAUCAGUCCCAACAACAAGUCCUUUACCCGGCACAACACCCUGUACCUGUGAGUGGUCUAACUGGAUUGACCUAGGACCACCUACCACUGGCACUGAUGGAGGAGACUCAGUAUCAAUUUCACAACUCAUUAAUUCUGGACGUAUAGGUUGUAUACAGCCAACAGAAGUUGAGUGCAGGGCUAAGAUGUAUCCAACAUUGCCACUUUCCCAGUUGGGCCAAGAUGUGAUUUGCAAUCCAUCGGUAGGACUUGUUUGCCUGAACAAAAACCAGGCCAAUAAGCAAGAGUGUUUCAAUUAUGAAAUCAGAGUACGCUGCUGUGGACCAUGCACAACCACUACCACUACAACACCCGCAAUUACAUCAACUCCCUCUACACCUACAACUCCAACAUCAACAACAACCUCCACAACAACUACAACCACUGAAAUGCCGUCACCGACACCUGUAUCAACGACAUCAUCAACUUCAACAACUACAUCAGUCCCAACAACAAGUCCUGUUCCCGGCACAACACCCUGUACCUGUGAGUGGUCUAACUGGAUUGACCUGGGACCCCCUACACCUGGCACUGAUGGAGGAGACUCUGUAUCAAUUUCACAACUAUUCCAUUCUGGACGCAUUGGCUGUGAACAUGCUACAAAAGUUGAAUGCAGGGCAAAGCAUUUUCCCAAUUUGCCACUGUCAGAAGUAGGCCAGGAUGUGAUAUGUAUUCCAUCUAUUGGACUUGUCUGCUUGAACAAAAACCAAGGGCUCCAAAAGAUUUGCUUUGAUUAUGAAAUACGAGUGCAGUGUUGUGGACCAUGUCUACCAACUACCACAACGACCAUAACUCCAACACCAACAACACCCACAACUGUGUCUUCAACCACAUUCAAAGUGCACACAAAACCUACAAAUACAUACCCUACACAACACCAACAUUCCGCAUUACCAACACCUUGUAUCGGAUGUUAUGAAAAUGGAAUACUUUACCCUCCAGCUACUGUGAUUUAUAAUAAAACCGACCAUGGCGGAUGUAGUUACGUGGCCAUUUGCCUUGAAAACUGCACCAUAGGAAAGAAUGUCUCUUGUAGCCCUACAACUCCAUCAACUUCAACAACUCCUUUAACUUCAACAACUACAUCAACUUCAACAACAACUCCUUCAACUUCUACAGAAUCUCCUGACUGUUAUCCCAGAAAGAAUGGAGAAACGUGGGUGUCCCCAACCGAUAAGUGUAUGUUAGAAACCUGUUACAAUGGUGAUAUCAUCAAGCACCCUAAGAAAUGUCCAACUCAACCACCGCUUUCAUGUGUGAAUGGCCUCCCUCCAAAGACAGUUCUUGAUGGAUCAGGAUGCUGUUUCAAACAGGAAUGCCAAUGUCACUGCUAUGGCUUCGGGGAUCCUCAUUAUGUGACAUUUGAUGGAACAUAUUAUGGUUUCCAAGGAAAUUGCUCUUAUAUAUUGGUUAAAGAGAUCAAACCAGUAUACAACUUCAGUAUCAUCAUUGAUAAUGUGUAUUGUGACGCACCAGAUGGUGUUUCAUGUCCUAAAUCACUGACUAUUCACUAUAAAUCAUUUGAAAUUUAUAUGAGUCAAGAGAUCUCUCAUGGAAUAGUCACAAACUUGAUUUAUGUCAAUCACAAGCGCAUCUACCCAGCUUACAGCAACAGUGACUUCCAAGUCACAAACAAUGGCAUUGAAGCCUUAGUGGUAAUACCUGCCAUUGGUGCACAAAUAAUGUUCUCUGGGCUGCAGUUCAGUGUUGAACUCCCUUGGAGUAAAUUUCACGGCAACACGGAGGGACAGUGCGGAACAUGUGACAACAAUAAGACAGAUGACUGCCUCUUGCCAAAUGGAAAAAUUGAUCCAUCUUGCCCAGAUAUGGCCCACCAUUGGAAGGUUAAUGAUAGCAACUGCCCAGUACCCCCAACCACAAUCCCACCUUCCACCUGCCCGCCACAAACUUCAUCCAUCUGUAAAAUCAUUGCAAGCAAGGUCUUUGAAAACUGCCAUGAAGUGGUCCGCUAUGAGCCAUUUAUUGAGGGAUGCGAGUUUGACAUAUGCUAUACGAAGAAACCUUCUAUUGGUUGUGCCAGCCUUCAGUCUUAUGCUCAGCAGUGUGCUUUGAAUGGCAUUUGCAUUGACUGGAGAGGUGCCACAGCUGGAGUGUGUGAUUUUGAGUGCAAUGCACCCCUGGUCUACAAGCCCUGUGGUCCACAAGUUCCACCAACUUGUGAUAAAAGGUAUAAUUUCAGAUUCAUUGAAGAGAAAACUGAAUUCACUGCUUUGACAUCUAUGAGAUGGGAGGGAUGCUAUUGUCCAGAUGGAACUACUUUGUUGGACCAUGAUACUAAUGAAUGUGUUUCACCCUGUGGGCCUAUUUGCCACCUACCAAAUGGAAAGUGGAAACAGGGUAAUUCAACUUGGAUCGAUGGCUGUGAUCUUUGCACAUGUGACGCAGACAAUGAAAGAGUCUACUGCAAUCCUUUGCCAUGCCCAUCUGAGCUCCCAGUCAUGUGUGAUCAGCCUGGCCAGAUUAAAGUGCCUGAAAAACCGCACAGCAGUGUGCCUAUGAGACAUUGUGAAACCUGUCUGUGUAGUGACAAACUGGAAAAUGAUGGCAGCUUACACAGGAUCGAAUGUGAGCCUAUUACAUGUGACACUUACUGUCCACAGGGCUUCGAGCCAGUUUUGCCACCAGGAGAAUGCUGUGCAAAGUGUGUGCAGACCAUGUGUGUGGUUGUGUAUUCAGGAAACCUCACACACUCUAUUCCUGUCAAUGGUAUCUGGAGUCCACCUGGGAACAAGUGUGUAAAGUAUGAGUGUGUGAAGGUCGGGAGCAGGUUCAUCACUAUGGAGGCCAGAACACUCUGUCCUCCCUACAACCCCAAUGACUGCAUUCCUGUUCUCUCGGAGUACAAGCACGUUUCAGCCCUCCUGUUCCUGUUGCCAGGAGAUUACCACCAGCAAAAGAGAGGUGGAGAUGGUCUGCCCUGA